UUUGAGUGCCGGACAGUUUAGAGUGUGACACGCAGCGGAACUGGAGCCAUUGCUGUGUGUCGUGGCUGUGAGCUGAGAGUAUCUUCACCCAACUUUUCUUUAAUACUCAAUCAUUCAGCAACAGAGAAAAGACAUCCACCCAUCUGUUGAUACAUUCGAGAAUUCUGACGGCCUGGAUAUGUCCUUCAUAUUUGAUUGGGUUUAUAGUGGUUUCAGUAGCGUUCUACAUUUCCUAAGGCUGUAUAAGAAGUCGGGCAAACUAGUAUUUCUUGGCCUGGACAAUGCUGGCAAGACGACCCUACUUCAUAUGCUUAAAGAUGACAGACUGGGUCAGCAUGUGCCAACCUUACACCCAACCUCCGAAGAGCUGACGAUUGCUGGCAUGACCUUCACCACCUUUGACCUGGGUGGCCAUGCUCAGGCUCGACGAGUAUGGAAGAACUACCUCCCAGCCAUUAAUGGCAUCGUCUUCCUUGUUGACUGCAUAGAUCACAACAGGCUGGCCGAAUCCAAAACAGAACUUGACGCACUCAUGACAGAUGAAACCAUUGGAAAUGUGCCAAUCUUAAUUCUCGGCAACAAGAUUGAUAAACCAGAAGCCAUUAGUGAGGAGAAACUACGUGAGAUCUUUGGACUGUAUGGUCAGACAACAGGCAAGGGCAACGUUCCUCUCAAAGAGCUGAACACAAGACCACUGGAGGUGUUCAUGUGCAGCGUGCUGAAGAGACAAGGCUAUGGCGAAGGUUUCCGCUGGCUCUCGCAAUACAUUGACUAGAAAACGAGCCAUCGAAUAGCACCACAUACAGCCUGCCUUCACUCUCAGAAAAACUCCAAUGGACUGUUAUUGUUCAUGGGUCCAAGUUGAUCAACCGUUUUCUCGCGUUAUUUCUUAUGAAAGUAACAAACUAUCAGCGAUUCUGAAAAUCUGAUAAAUCCAAAACAAUGAAAUCUUUGCAUUAACAUCUACUUUCUUUGUAAUUUGGUGUUUUUUAUGUCAUUUAUCCAUUUCUGUUCUCACCCCUAGAGCUGUAAAAAUAAUGCAGCUAUUGUAAAUGAUAAUGCUACAUGUGUACCGGCAAGCCCAGUUCAGAAAGAUUUAAUAGAAGUGCAUCAAAAUCCCAAUAUAAACUUCAAAAAGGAAGUGCUUCACUGUCAUAUGUGGCCACAGUCCUCAGGCUUAAGGAUGAAGUUGUGACUGUCUGUGCCAAGAGUCUAUUGAUGUGGUCAUGCUGAAUUGCAUAUCUGUUUUUGUUUCGAGAACUUAAAUGUACUGCCACAUUCAGAAACUCAAAGCCUCUUGAAAUGGAUUGACCAAUCGUUUUCUUUUUAAUUAUGGCUUGGAAUUUAAGAUACACAUGUCAAUAAACAGCAACGUUAUGGAAGAUUAUCUUUACUGUAACCACAGGUGUCUCAUAGUUCUCUGAGCAAGGGGGCAGCACACCAUUUACACAAAUACCUAUAGAUUAUUACAUUUAACUGCUAACCAAUAAUAACAAUAGCAAGGAGUGGAAAAUCUAGUUAAUGCAAAAUAUAUCUUGAUGAUGUAAGCAGUUCUACUAUAGCUGGAUAACAGCCUGCCUUGAUCAAGAAUGAGCAUUGGAGAGAAAUACUCAACGCACAGAAAGUAACCAAUAAAACGGACCAUGUGUAAUUUAUAUAAAUGCCAUACAUGAGUUUAUUUUUAAAGAUGUCCUAUAUGGUUUUUAAUUUCAUUGUGGAUUAAAAUAUUAUGCAUGCCUUGUUUCAUAAUUUGUUUUAUUAGAUUUUUUUUUAAUAAACACAACAUGUUAAGUGUAAAAACAUUCAGAACCAGGUGAAAAACAAAGGGUGGAGUUUUGAUCCUUUUCUAUCGCGUUGCAGUGGAAUGGCACAUACAUCACACGCAUUUUAUUUUUCUGUACUUUUUCUCAAUGUUUCAUCUGUCAUUCCAUGAGCUGUUCCAUGCAUUUAUGAGAGAUACCGUUGUUGCAUCAUAAAUUUUAAUAAAUGUUUGCAAUGAAAACAAACCAUGAUCAGCUCAGAACUUUAUACAAUGUGAAACAGAUCGAUUGUUUUAUUUCGAACAAUGUCUGUAAAGGUAUAAUGCGUAGGCUGGGUCAGUUAUAUACUGAAUGUCUAUAAAUCCUUCAAACCA